AUGCAGGGUCGAGUAGGUGACGGCCCUGGAGGAGUGGGUGCUGCUUUCGUCGGUGGGCUUCUGUCCAUGCCGGUGCCGUCAACCCAUCGGUCGUUCCGUUACUCGGGUUCUCGGCCUCGUACUUCUGGGCAGACGCACACCACCACUCAGACGGAUAGUGUGGCGGACGAGGAGGAGGAGGGGGACGAUGAGGGGGACGAUGAGGGGGAGGGAGAGGAGGAGGAGGAGGAGGAGGAGGAGGAGGAGGAGGAGGAGGAGGAGGAGGGGAGCGGUGAUGAUAGUGAGCCGGGGUGGACACCCGAGACGCAUGGCGGUGCUGGGGACGGUGGAGGAGAUAAAGACGAGGAGAUGGAAGGGUUGGAGCCUGAGGGGGUGGAGGAGGGGGUUGGUGAGGGAAGAGGGGUUGCCGCGGCUGCCGUAGAGGAGGCAUCUCAGCUUGUGGGAAGGAGAGCCAGAGAGCAGCAUGGGGAGUGGCAAGGGGAGGAGGAAGCCGGGGUGGCAAGUUCAGAUGUUUGGGCCUUUGGGGAAGGAUGA